CCUUACAGGGUUUGGGUUCGGUGUCUGCGCCAUGCAUUCGGAAUUUUCUGCAUAUAAAUACGCUGUUUUUAACAAUGACACGGGUUAUAUGGUUGUGUAAAAGCCAGAGCAGUACAGGACGCGUUCGGAUGAUCAGAUUUAGGAUGUAAAGAGGGUGAACUGCUGAGAAAAUCUGGGGUUGGUGUUGCACUGCGGGGUUUAUAAAUGAGCAGCAGGACAGAUCAGGGAAUCUGAGUCUUCUCUGCUUAUGGAGGAACAGUGACAGUGGUCUGUCUACACAAGAAGGAACAUCAGGACCAAAACUGGUGAGCUGUGGUGAGAAGAACACAAGCCUUACACACUUCUUCUGAGGAAGCAUGAACACACACCUGAGGAAAUGCCAGUGGAGAUCGGGCACCGUACCAGCCCACAGAACACGAGUGUGUUACUGACCGACCCGUACAAAAGAGAUCGUUGUGUGUGUUUGUGUGCGUGUGUGUGAGUGUAUGUGGGAGAUGGAUUGGAUGCGGGAGUGGGUACAGUCGGUGCGUGACUGCGAGGGCAGCGCGUUUGGCACAGCCCUGUGUUUGGCGCUGCUGUUUAUCUGGUACUGUUACCGCGUGGGCUGUGAGCACGCGGCGUACACGCCCGAGUCUCGCACCACCCCUCCGGAACUGCCGUCGUCCAAACUCCGGCCCGCACUGGACGGGAUGCGGUCAGGGGGCGGAGCCAGCGAGGAAGAAUCGAAUGGAUUCGCGUACUGUCAGUCGCCCGAGUGUUUCCGGUGCUCGCAGCCCGGUGAGGGACUGGACCAGCGACUGUACCACAACCUGCAGGACUACGCCAAGCGCUACACGUGGGCAGGAAUGGGGCGCGUUCACAAGGGCGUGCGCGAGCAGGGUCGCUACCGCCUCUGUAACCGCCCCUCCAUCCAGAAAGCCGAGGUGUUCUUCCUGCCCGACCUGCCGUCCGCGCCCUUCUUCUCCCGCGAGGCGCAGAAGCACGACGUGGAACUGUUAGAGCGCAGUUUCCCCGCCCUGCUGGCGGAGUUCGAGAGCGUGUUCCGCGCCCCGCCGCCCCUCGCGCCGGGCUGGAAGGCCAACAACCUGCCACGGGGCCACUGGUGGACCUUCUACCUGGUGAACCAGGGCACGCCGAUGGCGCUGAACGCCCGCCGGUGCCCUCGCACGUGGAGAGUGCUGGGACAGCUGCGCACCUUCAUCGCUAACAACGUGUUCGGGAACGCUUGCUUCUCUGUGCUCAGUCCGGGAUCCACCAUCUCUGAGCACUACGGACCCACCAACGUACGCCUGCGCUGCCACCUGGGGUUGAAGGUUCCCCCUCACUGUGAGCUGGUGGUUGGUGGUGAGCCUCAGUGCUGGUCUGAAGGAAACUGCCUGCUGUUCGACGACUCCUUCCUGCACACGGCCUUUCACGACGGUUCUCCGGAAGACGGACCCAGGGUGGUGUUCAUGGUGGAUCUGUGGCAUCCCAACGUCGCGGCAGCCGAGAGACAAGCGCUGGAUUACAUCUUCACCCCGGGGCGCUGAAGCUGGAGCGCCGAGGCGGACGAAGACGGGUAACAGGACUGAUCGGAAUCAGACGACCUGCACGUUCUUCUGUACAUAAGUGUUUCCUUAUGAUCCCUCUCCAUCGACCAGAGAGGGGAGGGCGAGAAGGGGGGGGCGAGUACCACACACAUACAAACAGAACUGAACGAACGAUUCGGACUCAUUACGCCCCUUGUGAACCCCUGAGAGACCUGCGUGGGUGGAUGCGAUGGAGCGAGGGUAACGGUGCAGAGGGAAACGAUCACUUGCACACACUCUGUGAUUCCUAAAAUAGAUGCGAGACUCAAAGGAAGAACGGCUCAGAGUUUCAGUUUCAGUAAUAAUUGGACAGGCAGACAGAUAGAGAAAGAUGAGAUGCACAACAGUAUGUCAGGUUGCUCGUUUUAGUAGUACAGAGCUUUUUUAUAGCUGUAGUGUUUCCACAACGGGGACCGACGUAUAUUUAGGGGUUCAGUGUUGUGAUUUUGCUGUUCUGGCCGCCACAUUUGGGACCAAAUUUCUGGCUUUUGCAGCUCCGAAUGUAACCAGAGGUGAAAGACGACUUUGGAAGAGGAAAAAAACGCUGCCUCGCUCUGAUCUUUAAGCCUGAUAAUGAGUUAGGGAGCGGGAACGGUAUAAACGAACGAAGAACCUAACAAAUUUCUCUUUUCCUGACGUAUAUAGAUAUGUAUCAUGUGUAUAUCUCAUAAACAAAACCUCUCUGUACUCUAGAGAGUCUCUCAGAGCAUCUAAAAGCACAGAAGGCUUCCGGUUCUUCACAUAUCGUGCUGUUUUAUACAGAGCAGAGAGCUGUUACCGUUACCGUUACCGUAACUUUCACCGGUACUUGAGAUUUAAAGCCCGUUUCAAUGAAGAAACAUGAACGUGUUUGGACUGAGAUCCUCACAGCUCCAGUCCAGAAACCACUUGCAUUUGCAUUUUGGUUUCCCUGCUUUAAACGCUGUAUAUUAUUAGCUAAUGAAUCACUGCUGGAGCUGGACGAGGGUGUAAGGGCUCUGUUUGGCAGGUUUUAUGAAACGCGAACCCUUCGCUGCCUUUACGGUUAUUACAACCGACCGCACAGCAAAUCGGAGGCAGCACGUAAACAGUCGGUCCCUGAUUCGGUCCUGAAAUUCGUGGCGAUGAUGAGUGAAUGGAAGGAUGAGAGAUGAAUGUUUUUUUUUCCUGUAUGCAGUAUAGAAGCAGGAGAACGUCGUGUCCCAUCCUCCCUGGACAUUUCUGUAUGAAGCUCAGAUCUGAUCACAUUCCAGAUCUAACGUAGAGUUGGUGUUUACAUGUGACCUUGUUUAAAGUGAAGUGUAAGCAUUUCUGACUGUAUGUGACUGUAUGGAAUUUGUAUAUAUAGAUUUUCUCUCCGGCGGCUGAGAGUAAACACUCAUACCGCGAUGCAAAGACUUACGACAUGUUUACGACGUCAUUGUUAAUGUUGUUUGAAGGACGACGUAAAGACUGUUCAAAUACUUUUUAACCCACUGCUGUCCAGAGACAGUUUUACGAAAAUGUUUGGGCGCCACUGUUCAGAUAACACAUUUUGUUGCUUUUUAAAGUGAACCAUGUAAACACAUCUGCAAAAACGUACACUAUAUAGCCUAAAGUGUUUGGACACCUGACCAUGAGCUUUCUGGACGUCCCAGUUCAAAAACAAACCGUAUCUAAACAGAGUGACGUCUGUUUUCUUUUAGCUAGAACAACACGCGCUUUUCUGACAAGGCUUCUCACCAGACUUUGAAAUGUGUCGGCACUGAUGUUGAUAAAACAAUGAAGCCUCAGUUGAUGUUAGUUCAUUCCAGUGCUGGAAGUAACCGUGUAAUCAGCAAAAUAGGUCAUUUUUCUGUGGGUGCACAAACUUUUGUAUACCGUCGUGUAUUUUUAGGAUUAUACCUGCAAACUCUGUCUUUAUGUAACAGAAAACACAACACAGUUUAUUUCAAAAUGACAAACCUGAUCGCCUGUAGACAAUAUUGCAAUACUGUUUCAUCUAGUUGUUUGUGGCGCAACCUGCUGGUGGAGAGCUGCAACUGCACCUCCUACACGCUGGAUUAUGUGAAGCUCAUGUAGAAGCUCUGAAAUGUAGAAAUGCUUUAACCUGAGUGAGUUGAAGAGAAAACAGUGUAAAAAAUGUACUUCCGUGAAUUUAAAGCAGCAGUAACAGCUUGUUUACUCUGCGCUUCAUCUUCCUCUUUGAUAUUCGGUUCCGUUCGAAGCGCUUCGUGUCUGUACGGCUGAACUCGAGCACAUUUCCAAGUUCACAGUGUAGAUCUGAUGUGGUGAAACCUCUCCACCGCUUCCUUCUCGGCUGUUCGUACAUUCCUCUCUAAGCACCUGAGCUGAUCAGGCGACGGGCGUUUCGUGAUCGAUGGAGUUUUCUUAACGUGGUGUGAUUUUUAAAGCCGUGUGUGUGUGGUCGCUUUUAUGAAGAUGUUCUUACUGCUGUGUUUCCUAGUUGUGUUUUGCUACGGCUGAACGAUGAUGAUGAUGAUGAUGUCUUUAAUAAAGAGAAUGUUGUACAA